UUUCAAAAAAUUGAUAGAUGAGGUUGAGGUUGUUUGUUAGUUAGUUUCUAUUCUAAUUUUGUUUUAGUUUUUUUCAGGUCAGUAAUGGAUACAAGCUUCGAUUUAGUGGCUCUACUGAAGCAGCAACCAACUACGAAGAAGAGCCAUAAAAUAAGGCCUACGCAGUUUGUGAGCGUAGCCGGAGGGGUCCAAAAGAGAUUGGAGACCAAUAUCAAGAAUAGAAAGAGCAGUCGCUUCUCUGUAUUUGACAGAAUCAGAAAUAUCACAAAAUGCGAGAGCCCCAAGGCACAAAAUCUUUCCGAUGCCCAGCAGAAAGCACUGCACAGAAAACAACAGUUGGAGAAAUGGAAGGAAGAGAAGGACAAGAAGAAAAAGGAGGCUGCAGCACAGAAAAAGAAGCCAUUUGUUGCCGGAGUGUCUCAGAGAAAGACGUUUGGGCCUCCACCACCUCCCCCUAAGCCAAUGCCGAGUUCAUCAGGACGAGUCACAAGGUCCCAAGCGCGUCAAAAGACUGAAUCAAAGCCCUCAAAUGCAAAAACAAAAUCCUUUGCACCAAGUAAUGCCGCUUUCAAACCUUCUAUCUUCUUAAACACUGAAGUUCCCACCCUGGCACCUAUAAACAAAAAAAAAGCCAGUAAACCGAAAUCUAACAUAACUUUUGAACCUGUGCUACCCAAAAAUUUGCAGAAAGAGACCAAGACCACCCGAACAACAAGAGCCAGACCAGUCGCAAAUAAACCAGUAGUAGAUAACAUGAAAAAGCCAUAUGAAAAAACCAAACCCAAAAUGCCAGUCAAACCACCACCACUGAAACAACAGAUGUUCCAAAGCAGUUCGUCCAGCAGUGAUAUGGAACAGCCCAGUAAACAAAGAAGUAAGCCAAGCCGAAAAUCUGUUAUUAAAACUCAGGAAAAACCAGUGCCAAUGGCACAAACCUCUGACUCCCAGGAUUCAGCCUGCAACAUGCAAGAGACUGCAUCUAUGUCAUCCGUAGAUUCACAAUUGUCAUCCCAAGACUCACAAGAUGCUGUAAUGUCCCAAGACACAGCAUCAAUGUCAUCACAAGAUGAACUAAGUACUCCCAGGAACAAGGUCCCUAAGAGUGAGUCUAGUUCUGAAGAGAAGCUUCGUUCUCCAAAGGCGGUUGAUGUGCCGCUGACUCCGGAACAGAUUGCGGAAGAGGCUAAGAAUAUCAGUCCGUGCGUCACUAUGUCACGAGGAAAGGAUAAUGCCAGGAAAGAGAUGAAGAAAAAACUGGAAGAAGGACUGUUGGAUGAGGAUAACAGCAACAUGGAAAGCGUGAACCACUUCCGUCGCCAGCUGAACUCUGAGAUCGCUCGCAUUACUGCCAUGUGCGAGACUUGGGACCAGAUCUUUGCUCAGACUGUACUGCCGGAGCCUGUCCAGGAGUUAGUGUUAACAGCAGUAGGGCAGGCGCGGCUGCUGAUGUCGCAGAAGAUGCAGCAGUUCGCGGGGCUGGUGGAGCGCUGCGCGCGGCCCGCGCCCGGCGCCGCGCUCGUCACGCCGGCCGACCUGCACGGCUUCUGGGACAUGGUGUUCAUGCAGGUAGAAAAUGUGGACAUGCGCUUCAAGAAUCUCGAAGAGUUACGGUUACGGGACUGGAUCGAGGAGCAAAAGCCAGUGGCCAAGAAAGUGGUCGCCAAGCCGGCGGCCAAGAAAGUAGCUGCCAAGCCCACUGGAGGGCCCAGCCGACUCAGGGAGAUGAUUGCUGCCGCAAGAAAAGCAAAGAAGGACCAAGAAUCUCAAUCCGAAACCUCGGAAUCGGAGAAAUCUGAGCCAACAACAUCCCCUGAAACCAGAACAUUUGAGGCCGGUUUCUUCAAAAUCAGCUCCCCGAUGAAGCGAGGGUCUCCGGCCCCGGGCACACCCAACAACAGGCCUAGUUUGCUGAAAACUGUACUCUCCAGUGAAGCCAAGAAAUCUGUGUCUAAGGACUCGACGUCGUUCGCCAUGCUGCGAGCAUCGUUGAUGAGCAAGAACGUGGACAUCGAAGGCGUGUCCCCUCUCAUGCAAACCCCAACCAUCACCCCGGUGAACCUCUACGCAACCCCGGCGCGCAGCAUCCUGAAGCAGAACCCCGUCAGCAGCAAGAAACCGGACAAACUCAAGACCGUGCUGUUCCACGACGAACCCUCCAGCCCCACGUCUUACACCAGCUGUGAGAAGGAGACAGAAGUAGAGACGGGGAUAGCGCCGUUGCCGGCCGAGGACAAGGAGAAUGCAGCUACGCCGAAACAAACUUCGACAAGAAAAUCAAGCUGUGAGAAGGAGACAGAAGUAGAGACGGGGAUAGCGCCGUUGCCGGCCGAGGACAAGGAGAAUACAGCUAUUACGCCGAAACAAGCUUCCACAAGAAAGUCAAGCUGUGAGAAGGAGACGGAAGUAGAAACGGGGAUAGCGCCGUUGCCGGCCGAGGACAAGGAGAAUGCAGCUACGCCGAAACAAACUUCGACAAGAAAAUCAAGCUGUGAGAAGGAGACGGAAGUAGAGACGGGGAUAGCGCCGUUGCCGGCCGAGGACAAGGAGAAUGCAGCUACGCCGAAACAAGCUUCGACAAGAAAAUCAAGCUGUGAGAAAGAGACAGAAGUAGAGACGGGGAUAGCGCCGUUGCCGGCCGAGGACAAGGAGAAUACAGCUACGCCGAAACAAGCUUCCUCGAGAAAGUCUAGGCUAUCUAGACAAAACGCCGAAGAGGAGCCCAGCCCGGCCAUGACCCGCAGCCGCCGCAAGAGCGCACAAACCCCCCUAGUAGAGACCGAGGUAGAAAAGAAACGCACCACGAGGAAGAGCGCACAGACCCCUUUAGAAGAGUCCGACGCCAAUGUAGAAAAACGCUCUACAAGGAAGAAGGCUCAGACCCCUUUAGUAGAGUCCGACGCUAAUGUGGAGAAAAAACGCUCUACAAGGAAGAAGGAUGUUCAGGCGCAGGAAACUGAGACGCCUAAGCGGUCGACGCGGAGACGAAAGAGCGCUGUAGCUGUGUAAAACCUCUUCUGGUAGGCUUGGAUAAUGACUAG